AUGGAGAUGAAUGAUCAUCACGGAGAAGAUCGAUCACCAAUCGAUAAUAUUCCAACUUCGACUGUUACAUCUUUAUAUACAAAUGGAUAUCCAUUGAUAAAAAGUCCAUCUGAUGUCAUCAAAUCUCAUUUUUCGAAUGGAUUUUGUCAUCGUUUACAAUAUAAAUUCAAAUCCAAACUUGAUCCUUUUGAAAUAAUAACAAAAAAAGAAUUGGAUAUUGCCGCUGAAUUCGGCCGUUUUCCUUACCGUCCCAGUAACCUUUUUCUCAAGAUCUUUUACAAUGUGAUUCGCACUCUUGAAUACGAUCCAUUAGGUGGUCGUGUCUCUCCAUCAUUAAUCGGUUCAUCAGGAAUCAUUCCUUUGACAAUAAUUUCUACUAUCCCUGAUAUAAUGCGUCAUUAUUAUCAAGUUAUCGUCAAUGCUCAGAAAGAGAUUCUCUUCGCAACAAUGUAUUGGGAAAGAAGUGAAAGUGCGAAUGUCAUUCGUCGCGCUUUUCAAGAUUUAGACAAACGGGCGAAUGCCGAACAUCGUCAUGUGAUUAUCAAAUUGAUGAUCGAUCAUCCAAAUAUCAUAAAUAGUGUUCAAUAUCAUUCAAUUCUUCAUCCAACUAAAUGGUCUGAUUACAAUCUUCCAACUCCAGAUGAAAUUCCCAAUAUAUCUCUUGAAGUUCAUAAUUAUCAUCAUUUCAUUAUGGGAACAUUUCAUUCGAAAUUUCUCAUAGUCGAUCGAAGAGUUGUACUUUUAAAUAGUAAUAAUAUUCAAGAUCGUCCAAAUCUCGAAAUGAUGUCACAAUAUGAAGGAGAGAUCGUUAAUUCAUUUUACGAUACAUUUUUGAUCUCAUGGUCGAUUCCUUUUCAACCAAAUCUUGUUUGUUUAAAUGACAAUCCUCUGAUUGAACAAUCACGCUUUGAAUAUCUGGAAAAUGAAAUUCCUUUGCAAAGAUUUCCAUUUGAUCAUAUCAAUCCAACAAAUAACAAACAAAAUUCUUCAUCACUUGUCGACCGAAUAUUCGAUUUUCAUCAAUCUUCAAAAUUGUCCAAUAUCUUCAUCAAAUCUUCAACUUCAUUUCAUAAAAAAUUUUCGAAUGAACAAAUCGAAAAAUUAACAUCCGAAUUUACUCCGUUUAUUUUUCACCGUUCACAUCAGCCAUUUCCAAUUGUAUUGGUCAAUCGUUCACCUCAUGGUACACCGAUGCAUAGGAAUAAAACAAAUCCACAAAAUACUGCGUGGAUAAGUGCCUUUAAAUUUGCGGAAAAAUCGAUUUUCAUUCAAACACCAACAUUCAAUGCUUCGCCAGCGAUCGAAGGAAUUAUUGAUGCUUGUCGAAGAGGAAUUAAAGUAACAUUGUGGCUUGGAUGGGGAUUCAAUGAUUUGAAAGAAGGUCGAGGAACAUUUCAAGGUGGAACAAAUAAACAAGUUGUAAAAAAGUUAUAUAAAAAAUUGAAGAAAAUUCAAAAUGGAAUCGAAAAUAAUCUCGAAGUGUUUUGGUAUGUAGCCAAAGAUCAAAUGAAUUCAAUUCAUUUUUCACAAAAGAAACGAAAUUGUCAUAUUAAAUUUAUGUCGAUUGAUGAUCAAGUUGCCAUUAUGGGUAACGCAAAUAUGGACAGUUUCUCUUGGUUUCAUUCACAGGAAAUAAAUACAAUGAUCGAUUCACCUUUGAUUGUUCAAGAUUGGAUCAAUGGUUUAUACAAAAAUCAAUCAACCAACAUUUAUGGAAAAUUGAAUAACGAUGGAGAAUGGUGUGAAAAUAAUCAACAAUCACAAAAACAAUCUUUUUCCUCUAUAACAAAUAAACUAUGA